CCCUAAUCAAACUUCACCUGAAUCAAUCAAAGUUACGAACUUUCAGUUCGAUGAAGUAUUUUACCUCCGAGUCGACGAGGUUGCCGGAAAGUAGAGGACCGCCGGGCUGGGUGAGACGUUGGACGAGGACGUUCAUCUCCGACUCGAUUAAGCCCCUCUUCUCCAUCAGCUUCACCGUUUCUGCUUUCACGUUCGCCCCCGCCAUUGUCAGUCGUCAGAAAUUCCUCAACUUUACCUGUCCGAUCGCCUCCGUCGGAGAAUUUCUCGGGUUUUACGGGUAUAUAGAACUCUUGUCUUGUAAAAGAAGACAUAAAUCACGG